ACAUACUCAGCAAAGACUUCGACUAUAUCAUAUUCUCUAACAAACUCCAAAAACAACUUGGAAUACUAAAAGACAAUGACCAAGAGCUCAUACUCAUACACAACCAACCUAUAAUCAACCAGAGGAAGCUAACCUCUAAACAAAAAUUGCCAGGUUAUAGUGUAUCUACUGCGGUUCACUCUAGCGAGAUAAUUUCAGACUUGAGCACGAGACCCGGUACACUAGUCCCUGACCUGCUUGUGAAACGUUAUUCACCCGCUGAGCAUAACGCAGUAGCGAGAAAAAGAAAGAAGACGCCCAACUAUAGUAAACACCUGCUAGACUCACAUAGACUUAACCAGGCAAACCAAUUAUCAUAUAAAAAGAUCAUCAAACAAAAAGAGAAGGCAAAGCCCAAUCGAAUAAACAAUUCUCUUGAUAAACAAAAUGAGCUCGACCAAGUAACCAAGCAGUCUAUAGAAUUAUUUGCAAAAAUUAAGAAACAAAAACAACAUUACCACACUCCUGAAAAAAGAGAAGGCGUAAACCACAAUUAUGACCCUAUAAAAGCACCGUUAACACAACCUGCACCUGACAAUAACUUAUACAAUAUAUUCCUUCGACAAUGUAGAUUAAACCAAAAACGAAUGAAAUAUAUUCGAGUUACAACUGAUGGAACAGCGGAACAAAUAAUAAACACUGUAAUAAAAACUGGAAGUAACAUUAUACAGACAUUCAUGACUUAUAUACCUACUGAACAAUCAUACUCUGACGAGAUGAUGAAAAACUGGAUAACAUUAAAAGAAGGCAAACCUAAUUUAACAAAUGAUUAUAAACUAAUCAAAGCACUUGAAGGAUAUAACAAUGACGUACCACAAUUAAAAAUAGUAAUACAUGCCAGCAUGGGCUUGUCAAUAAAUGACAAUUUCCGACAAUAUAAUGGAAAUAUUAACUGGAAA